AUGUGGGCGCUGGGGCCGCGCGCGCUGCGGGCCGGGCUGGCGCUGCUGGGCCUGGCGCUGCUGGCCCAGGGGCUGCGGAGCUGGGUCGCCUCCCGCCCCUUCGAGUUCCGGCCCGAGGAGAUCGCGGAGCUCGGCCGGCUCCAGGCGGGCUUGGACCAUGAGCAGGCCUUCUCCAAGAUCAUCGUGGAGCUGCGGAAGAAGCACCCAGGCCACAUCCUGCCGGACGAGGACCUGCAGUGGGUGUUUGUCAACGCGGGCGGGUGGAUGGGCUCCAUGUGCCUGCUCCACGCCUCGCUCACUGAGUACGUGUUGCUCUUCGGGACGGCCGUCGACACCGGGGGGCACUCGGGUCGGUACUGGGCUGACAUUGACUACGCCAUCAUCUCAGGGACCUUCAGGCAGUGGAAGGAGGGGACGACCAGAAGUGAAAUCUAUUACCCAGGGGACACCAUAGUGCAGAAAUCCGGAGAGGCCACGGCUGUCCAGUGGAGCGCCGGCACCUGGAUGGUGGAGUACGGCCGUGGCUUCAUCCCCCCCUCGCUCGUGUUUGUGUUGGCCGACACCAUCUUCAGCACUCAGGACGUUGUCACUUUCUUCUGCACCCUCCGGGUUUGUGCCAAAGCCUUGCUCCUGGAAGCCGGUACCUACUUCAGCCAGCUGGCCCAGUGAGACCACCCUCCGCAAGCACCAACACAACCUCAAAGGAAGGGAUUCCCCUUUCCCAUCCCCCACCACCUCCUGCAGAUUGUACCAGAAAGGCAGUGGGCAAGAGCACCUCUGUCCCCAUGUGCAGGCGUGCCAGGUAGGCUGAACGUUCGCCGUAUCCACCUGCCGCAGCGAGCACUCAGCUGGAGGAGAAACAGGCAAUAACGGAUAAUGGAUAAACCUAGAUCACUAUUUUUUUAAUAUCCAAAUGUUCCUCUACAUUUCUGUAACUAGACUGCAGCGAUUGAGCUGCCACGCGUGUGUGUGUGUGUGUGUCCCCGUGCCCUCGGUCGGCAGCAGGCAACGCUAGCCUGCGUGUGCGUGAGAGAGACCCGUGGCUCUGCAGCCAGCUGCCCUCUGUUGCCUUUUGUUGCUGUUUCUCGUGUUCUCUGAAAGUCGGGGGCCUAUGAAAAACCAAUCGGGGGGAGGGGGAUGUGCGAUAUGGAUUGUUGUGUGCAUACACACUCUGCACAUGAUCGAAACCAUUCCCAGCAGGGGUAUACCUAGCAUAGGACCAACUGCUGAGCUCACGCGUCCCCAGAUGAACCUGGAGUAACUGUAGUGGAGUAAGUGGGGUUCAGCUAGUUACUGAAGACUGUGGGGCAGGAAAGCAGCUGUUCCAAACCUGUGGGCUGCUUUCCCCGUAGGGCCUCACAGCUGAUACUCCUGGGGAAAUUUUGUGCCACUGCGUGUGCGCAGAAACAUGUCCCCCCGCAGCUUCUCUUUGCUUUGCCGCAGAAAAAUGGUUUUUGUGGGGAAGCAAAAAGAAGCUGCACCAGCGCUCACUCCCCACUAGCGUGGGUGCAUGUGUUCAGGCACCCAGAGCAGCCGGGAGAGAGGUAAGUCACCGUGGGGCAAGGGCAAGGGGCAGUCUGGGGAUUCCCUGGCCACCCAGGGACAUUAGUCCUGUCUGGGGGGGAUGGGAGGGAGGAGGAAAAAUCAAACUGAAAGCAGCCUUUUAAGCUUUUUUUAGCAGUGUGCUCAUGCACAGAGAAGAGGAUUGGAUGACCAAAAGUCAAUCAUGCUCUCUGUCGGAAAAUUUAAAAACAAAAAAAAGAGGGAGCCCCGCCCCCGGAAAGCCCCCAAACAAGCAGCAAGCAAAAUAUAGACACAAUAGCGUAAUAGAACAAUUACACAAAGAAAGAAGCCAAAAUGUGCUUACUGUAAGCGGGCUUGGCAACUGGAGGUGAGGCUUUGUGGGAGCUGGGCAGAUGGGGAGCAGCUCCCUAUACAGGGACCCCUCCCCCCACUUACUGGCCCCAUCGCUCCUCAGCCACGGGGAGAGGGGUCACUAUAGGGGGAGCUCCUCUCUCUGUCUGCCCAACACCCUGUGUAUCUGGACCCCCUGCCAAGCCUUACCCACGCUGCACCUGGAAACCCCUCCUGCAUCAGGAGCCCACCCACUCCCCCAGAGCCUCACCCCCUGCAUCAGGAGCUCCGCACAGCUAGACCUCCACCCCACUGAUCUCAACCAGCUGCAUCCUGACCCACACAUUCCCCCAGCACCCAGGUUCCCCUCUCCUGCUGAGCCCUAACCACCUGGAGAGUGCUAUUCCCCCUGCACCCAGAACCCCACAGUGACUUGCUGUGUAUCCAGAUCCUUCCCCCCCCCCGCACCGAGCUGUCCGCACCGAGAUUGCACCACACAGAACCUUGGUGGGGAAAUUCUGCACCAAAAAAAUUCUGCAUAUUUUAGUUGUCAAAAUAACUACUGCUGGGGGAAUUGCGCACCACUGUGCCUGCGCAGAGCCAUCCCCUGGCAGAGUCUCUCUGCUUCCUGCAAACACAUGGUUUCUGUGGGGAAGCAAAAAGCAGCUGCACCAGCGCUCACUCACCCCUCCCCAGCAAUGUAGGCGCCUCUGUUCGGGUAGCCGGGGGAGAGGUAAGUCACCCUGGGAGAGGUGGUCUGGGGAUGUCCUGGCUGCCUAGGGCCGUUAGUCCUGGGUGGGCAGGGGAGAGGAGGACCAUGACAACAGAAUCAGAGCUCCCCCUUCCUCUCCCCUGCACGAAGCAACCAGAGCUGGGUC